UAGGCUACGUAGGUCUCCAUCUGGUUUGGAUAUUGAGACAAAGAAAAACUGAAAAAGUACAACAAAAAUGUUCCAAAGCUUUGUGUUUGAAGAGCCAAAUUUGGUCAUCACAGCUAUUACUGUUGUGACCUUUAUGUUUAUGGCCUAUUUGGGUAUCUCUGAAAUUACAGGGAAGCAUUUACAGUACUCCAAAUUUUGGAAUGUGAAUACAAAUUCUGCUUCUUCUAGUAAUUUUCUGCAGAGAAAAAUGUCUAGCAAACUUGGGAUGUUUAUACUAUAUGCACCAGCUUGUGCUAUGGGCUUUGCUUCAUUUUUUCUGUACCAAGAUGGUGGAACAAGGUUUAUGAUGCUUAAAGCUGUUGUUACUAUCCAUUUCUUGAAAAGGGUUCUUGAGGUUCUGUUUGUUCACAAAUACAGUGGUGGCAUGGUUCUUGGUUCAGUGCUCCUUAUUUCAUCUAUUUAUUUAUCGUUGGCUGUAGUCAUCAUCUUCAUCCAACACUUAACUCUAGGAUACACGGAGCCAGAAGUUGAUCUGAAGUAUAUCGGUUUACUGAUAUUCUUAGUCGGGAUCUGUGGCAACUUUUAUCAUCAUUACCUCCUUUCCAAGCUCAGAGACCAGAGAGAGAAGGGCUAUAAAAUUCCCCAAGGUGGCCUUUUCAGUGUGGUCAUAUGCCCUCAUUAUCUUUUCGAGAUUCUUGGCUUUAUAGGGAUUUCAUUCAUCUCCCAGACAUCGUUUUCGUUUUCCUGUGCUGUGGAUGUAACUUUGUAUCUGAUGGGAAGGAGCUAUGUUACUAGGAAAUGGUACCUCUCCAAAUUUGAAAAUUUUCCUAAGAAUGUAAAGGCUCUGAUUCCAUUUGUUUUCUAGAAAAAGAAUUAUGUACUUCGUCUCAAAGUUCCACUCUGGAAUAACACUUUUACCAUGUAUGAAGUUGUUAGCAGCACAAUUUGUAACCUGUUUUAUAAACUUAUCCAUCAGUCUUUGACUUGGAACAAUGUGAAAUAUACUGCAGGCAGUAUAGUUGCUUUGAGCAUU